CUUCCCCAAAGAAGACUGACCGACAGACAUACAUACGUACAUUCGCAAGAACCUUGAUUAUGUCCGCAACUACGACUACUACCACUACGACGACGACGACGACGAUGACAAGCGUGCCGGCCAAGGCCACGGCUGGUCGCCCCGGAGAGGCAGCGUCCAUUGUGGUGCGGAGCGAGGAGAGUGGAGCUGUGGAGCCUGUUUUCUGGCGUGGGCACAACACGCUCCGCAUCAACAUGGCUGAUCUGCAUGGGGCGAACCGUGCGCGACUUGUGGCUGCCCUCCGCGAAGACUCUCGUGUCGGAUCACAUGACAUUGUCCUGCUCCAGGGCGGCGGCUCGGCCGAUGUCCUCCACUACUCGACCGAUCACGAGGAUGUCUUCCGCCAGGAGUCGUUCUUCCAUUGGGCCUUUGGUGUGCGCGAACCGGAUGUCUACGGUGCCAUCGAGAUCGAUACCGGCAAGGCCAUUCUGUACAUUCCGCGCUGCCCGAGUCGUACGCGGUGUGGAUGGGCCCCAUUCAGGGUCCGGACGCCUUUGCCGCCCUCUACGCCGUCGACGAGGUCCGCUACGUCGACGAGCUCCCUGCGGCGCUGCUCACGCCUUCGGCCGGUGGUGAGCCGAUUGUCGGUGCGGAUGCCGAAGGUCGCAAGAUCCACGUCCUCUCGGGAGUCAACACCGACUCUGGAUCGACGGUGGUCGGGGCCAGCUUUGAUGGCCUGGCUGACGUGGGCGCUGCGGUGGAGUCCGAGGUCCUGCACCAGACCAUGAUCCAGCUGCGCGCGGUGAAGACGCCUGCGGAGCUGGAGGUGAUGCGGUACGUGUGCAAGGUGUCGUCGGAAGCGCACGUCGAGCUGAUGAAGAAGGUCAAGCCCGGGAUGUACGAGUACCAGGCCGAGUCGCUCUUUAUGCACCACUGCUACUUUUACGGCGGCCACCGGCACGUGGGCUACACGUGCAUCUGCGGGGCCGGGACCAACGCUGCGGUGCUGCACUACGGGCACGCCGGCGCUCCCAACGACGCGCCGAUUAGCGACGGCGACAUGCUGCUGUUUGACAUGGGCGGCGAGUACGCGCGGUAUGGCGCGGACAUCACGUGCUCGUACCCGGCCAACGGCAAGUUCUCGGAGCAGCAGAAGACGAUCUACAACAUUGUGCUGGCGUCGGUCAAGGCUGUCGAGGAUGCCAUGCGGCCAGGCGUGAGCUGGCCGGACAUGCACCUCCUUGCCGAGCGGACCAUCUUGGAGGGCCUGGUGGAGGCGGGCAUUCUUGUUGGCUCGGUCGACGAGAUGAUGGACGCGUGCCUGGCGUCGACCUUUAUGCCGCACGGCCUCGGCCACCUGCUCGGCAUCGACACCCACGACGUGGGCGGGUACCUUGCUGGUGAGAGCCGGUCGAGCCGCCCGGGCCUGGCCUCGCUUCGGAUGGGGCGGGUGCUGGAGGAGAACAUGGUGGUGACUGUGGAGCCCGGCGUGUACUUUAUCGACUGCGCGCUGGACAAGGCGCUGGCGACGCCGGAGCAGGCCCGGUUCAUCAACCAGGAGGGCCUCGCGGCGUACCGGACUUUUGGCGGUGUGCGGAUUGAGGACGAUGUGGUGGUGACGAGCGAUGGCAUCGAGAACCUGACCCUUGUUCCGCGCGAGGUCGACGACAUCGAGGCGGUGAUGGCCGGCGGCGAGUGGGCGGCGGCCAAGAUGGAGCGAGUGGAGUAACAAAGCCGAGCAUGUGUGGA